AUACAAACGAUUAAUUUUGAUUAGUGACUUAAUCAGUGAUAAUGAUUAAAAUUAAAGUGUCAGUUUUUGUAUUUGCCGUUGUGAUAUAGGUACUGUUGGGAAAAUGAAGAACUCUUUGUUAAUUUUGUUUACUGUUUUAGCUGUAAGUAAAGGUCAGUUUAUAUCCGGCGGUGCCUCCACGGCAAUUAGCACGUAUCCCUUCGCCGCAGCCCUCGUCACCAACUUGGGAUCCGGCGCCUUCCAGUACGCGUGUGGUGGCUCUGUGCUGACCACCACUGCUGUGUUGUCCGCGGCAUCGUGCUUCUACAAUGAUGAUGGACUCAACGACGCCUCCUGGUGGCAAGUGCGACUCGGAUCUUCCAACGUGAACUCCGGGGGCUCCCUCCACCAGAUACUCCAGAUAAUUCCCCACGAAGACUUCAACAGACUGACCCUGGACAAUAACCUGGCUGUGCUGAGGACUAGCGGCAUCGUGCUGCAGCCAGGAGUCGUGGAACUGGCCAGGAUAGCUGGUGGCGCCUUCCAGUUCCAGAAAAACCAGAGGGUCUGGGUCGUCGGAUGGGGGUCUUCCAGGGAGAACCUCGCCGGCGAGCUUCACCACGUGCAAACCUUCGCCAUAGACCAGGACGUGUGCACAGUUCGGUACAACGACUUCGGGUUUGGCAUUACUGACAACAUGGUGUGCGUCGGCUGGCUGGACGUGGGCGUACAUGGACAGUGCCCUGAGGGUGGGGCAGGCAGCUCUCUGGUUGUGGACAACAUAGUGGUAGGGGUGUACUCCUGGACGCAGGGGUGCGCAACCCUUCGGUACCCCAACAUCAACACCAGACUCUCACCCUAUUGGAGAUGGAUAGUUUCUGUAGCCACUGCUCCGCUCGCCUGAAGAUAUCAAUACAUUUUAUUUUAACUUA